ACUGGACCGGACCGGACGGCACCGCCGCGGCCAUGGUGAUGAACGCCGACCUGCGCAGGGAGCGCGCCGCCGCCACCUUCCAGCCCGAGCUGCUCACGCACGUCCUGGACGGCGGCGCCGAGCGCACCCGUCGCCGCAGGGAGAUCGAGGCCUUAGUUAUUAAUGACCCUGACUUCCAGCACGAGGAUUUGAACUUCCUCUCCCGUAGCCAGCGCUAUGAGCAAGCCAUCAGGAAGAGCGCUCUGAUGGUGAUGAAGUUAAGAGAAUAUGGAAUUGCAGAUCCUGAUGAGAUCUACAUGUUUAAAAGAACAUGUCUGGGCUCUUUUCCUGAUCCGUUGGGUCUCCACUUCAGCAUGUUUCAGUACACCUUACAGACCCAAAUGACUGAUGCUCAGAAGGAGAAAUGGAUGCCUCUGGUCCUUGGAGUCAACAUAAUUGGCACCUACGCCCAAACCGAAAUGGGACAUGGAACUCAUCUUCGGGGCCUGGAAACCACAGCCACGUAUGACCCAGCUACACAGGAAUUCAUUCUCAACAGCCCCACUGUGACYUCCAUUAAGUGGUGGCCAGGCGGACUUGGAAAGACCUCGAACCAUGCUGUCGUCUUGGCUCAGCUCUACACUCAGGGCCAGUGCAAAGGGCUGCAUGCCUUCAUCGUUCCCAUACGGCAGCUGGGCACCCACGAGCCUUUGCCAGGUAUUACGGUGGGUGACAUUGGKCCAAAAUUUGGCUAUGAUGAAAUGGAUAAUGGCUAUUUGAAAAUGGACAACUUCAGAAUUCCUCGGGAGAACAUGCUGAUGAAAUAUGCACAGGUUGAACCAGACGGCACUUAUGUGAAGCCACUCAGUGACAAGCUGACCUAUGGGACCAUGGUGUUCAUCCGAUCCAUCAUCGUAGGAGAUUCAGCUCGGGCCCUGUCCCGGGCUUGCACUAUUGCCAUUCGCUACAGUGCAGUGAGACACCAGUCUGAGCUAAAGACCGGGGAACCAGAACCCCAGAUCUUGGAUUAUCAGACCCAGCAGUACAAACUCUUUCCUCUCCUGGCCACAGCAUUUGCUUUUCAUUUUGUGGGAACCUACAUAAAAGACACCUAUCGUCGUAUUAGUGCGGACAUCAUUGAAGGGGAUCUGAGCGAGCUGCCAGAGCUCCACGCGCUGACAGCAGGGCUGAAGGCCUUCUCUUCCUGGAUUGCCAAUGCUGGAAUUGAGGAAUGUCGAAUGGCUUGUGGUGGCCACGGGUACUCCCGCUGCAGCGGCCUUCCUGAUAUCUAUGUCACCUUCACCCCUUCCUGCACCUAUGAGGGAGAAAACACAGUCAUGAUGCUGCAAACAGCUAGGUUCCUUAUGAAAAGCUACAUGCAAGUUGGUUCUGGUCAGCGUGUCACUGGCAUGGUGUCCUACCUUAAUGAUCUUACCAGGCAACACAUUCAGCCCCAGCACGUGGCUGCUAGGCCUGUGACUGUGCUUGUCAAUGAUCCAGUCAGUUUGGUGGAGGCCUAUAAAGCACGUGCUGCCUGGCUUGUAGAAGCUGCAGCAAAGAACUUGCAAGCUGAGUUGAACCACAGAAAGAGCAAAGAGGAUGCCUGGAACGUGACUUCUGUUGAUCUUGUCCGAGCGUCUGAUGCACACUGUCACUAUGUGGUAGUGAAACUCUUCACAGCAAAGCUCUCAGAGAUCAGUAAUGCAGCUGUCCGUGCGGUCAUGACUGAUCUGUGUCUCCUGUAUGCACUGUAUGGAAUCAGCAAGAACACAGGCGACUUUCUGCAGGCGAAUAUCUUGACAAGUACCCAACUUAAUCAAGUGAACCAGCGUGUGAAGGAGCUCUUGGCUAUAAUCCGUCCCAAUGCAGUAGCACUGGUGGACUCCUUUGAUUUUAGUGAUGGUUACCUUGGGUCUGUGCUUGGCCGGUAUGAUGGCAACAUCUAUGAGACCAUGUUUGAGUGGGCAAAGAAAUCACCACUGAACAAAACAGAGGUUCACGAAUCUUUCCAUAAACACCUGAAGCCGAUGCAAGCCAAGCUGUAAAGCCAGCUCUCUUAAAAAAUGCACAAUUUUCCUGGUCUGAAAAACUGGAUGUUUGCAUCCUUUCUUCAGGCACCUAAAUCAAACCUUUCAAAUCCUGAUAGCUGUAGGACAGUAAAUAAUUGUAGCUUUUCCUUUUACUUAUGUAAAUUGAGGAGGUGAUUGGGGGAGUGCGUAUGGAUUGAUGGCUGUUUUGGUUUUGAAGUGCAAUUAUAGUGGGGGAAAAAAAACUCUUAAACUUCUGAGAAAGCUUUAUGGAUUCAUACAAGAAUUGCUUUUGUGAAGCUGCUAAUUAGGCAGUUACUGUUAUCUAAAAAGGUAGGAAAGGUAGGAGGGUUUUACUACUAAGUAGUUAAUAGCCCACGGGCAGUAGCUUCAGUGAGCAGUUAUGUCCUUUUCACCUCCCCCCCAAAAAAAAGCAUCACCAUAUCUCGAUGUCUUGAUCUUUUUCRUAGGACCAGCACCAGCCUGCUCUCCUUGUUUAACAAAUAUUUAGGCUGUAUAAAGUCUACAGUCUAAUUCACAAUUUUAUGUGGCAUCUGCAUGAGAUGCUACUCACCUGAUGUGGCUGGGAACUGCUCUUUCUAGAAAAUACCUUUGCGUAUUCCAGUGCAUCCUUUACCUGCCCUGCAGACUCCCUCYCUGCCUGUCAUCUGUGAUCUCCAAGACUGGCCCCUUACUCUUUUUUUUAAAUAAUAGUUUAAAGGAGAAGCUGCUGAUGCUACUGUGAAACAAGACAAGUAGUGUUAAUCAGCCAGGAGCCAUUAAUGGAUGGUCUGCCCUKCUUUUAACCGUUAGUAUUUUCAAAGCACUAUCUCAAAGCACUUUACAAAUUCUAGUUACUGUCAUUUGAUGUGGAAAAAAAAUCAGUUGUAGUAACUGCACAUUCGAUUGGUAAUGAUGAAAUCAAUAUUUGAGGGCAGAAAUUUGGGCAGAGUUUUGGAGUCUUCAGGUUGUUCUGGGAUGUUCAUGUAUAUCUCCUUUUUCAAAGGCACUCUUCAAGAAAGCAAUCCAAAAUGAAAUGUCUGUAUCUUUUUUCCCCACUCAUGUUUCCAAUGAGCUUUCUCUGAUCAGCUGAAACAUUGUGUUUUUAUACUGAUUUGCACAAUACUGUCUAGAUGAACAGUUUAAAACUGCAGUUUUUAACAUGGCCUCUUGAUGCCUAGUGAAAUCAGUAAACUAAACAAAAUCACUGCUGUUGUUUCAGCACCAAUAACUUUGUCUAGUAACAGAAUAAAACAUUUUUCCACAUCAGAUGAAGAUCAACUUUGAGUUUAAAUUGGUAAAGAGCUUCAACACAAGCCAAAAUCCUGCAGUUCAGAGGCAACAGAGUACAAGGAGGUUGUUCUCUGACAGCUUUGGUAUCUGUUAUGUCUCUUAACUUGGGAUCUUAGCAGAAUUUUUUAGGACUAACAAUCUUUAAACAGGAUGUUCAGCUCCAUGCAUGGUAGCUGAACAGAAAUGCUUAAUUUUAAGUAAAUAAAUAAAUAAAUAAAUMAAACUUAGGCCUUUUGGCUGCUGAGUUUCCCA